AUGGCCGAUUCACACGGUUUGCAGUCGCCAGAUGUGGUUGUGGAGAAAUAUUUGAUAUCAAGUGAAAACUCUACUAUUGGAUUCGAAAUCGGAAACAAUGUGACCGUACAGUUGAGCGAGCCAUCGGAUGUUGACAACGGGAGAGAACGGGAUUCGUCAAAUAUUCAAACGAAAGUUAUCAUGGAUCACAAAGGAGAUAUUCAACACUUGCGUGGGGGUAUUCUUUCUUCACAUGGAUCUGUUGUCGGUUUCCGCUCAAUACACGAGGCUGUCGGGGAAUCACUGAACUUGAUCAAUUUGCAAACAAAAGAUAGACACCGUUUCAAAGACUUCUCGCACCGCACAGUCGAUCUGGCUUUUGCCCACCAUCACCCAUUCCUUGCUGUUCUCAAUGCAGAUCUCUCACUGCAUAUUUUCGAAGUUUCAGAAAAAUGCGUAGUGAAGAAGUACCUAUCUAUAGGGAACUGGCCAGCCCAUCCGUCUCACCCAAACGAUGGCCAACCUCGUCUUUCCUGGUGUCCAUACGUUCACGGCGAAGAUGAAGAUGAUGAGGCUACACAUUUAGUAGCUGUUUAUAUGGGAUGUCAUUUGCACAUUGUCAAUGUGGGAGUUUUGAAAGAUUCCGGACUAGGCGACGAAAUCGACUUUGAUGAUGCUAAGAAUGAGGACGGAGGGAUCUUUUCGCAUUCCUUCAGCAACCAGGCUGAAAACAAAAAAUUCCGCAUUGCUGCCGUCUGCAUUUCGCCUGAUUCUACAGCUGUCGCAGUGGCGACAACAGAGGGACCCGUUCAGUUUUAUACGUUCAGUGAUGUAGGAAACACACUCACUUUCGCGCACAGUUUUGAGCCGAGAGGGUUCACAAAGAAUGGAUUUAUUGCUGAUCUCAUUUUUCUCGAUGAUCUAACUUCCAAUAGAACCGGCAAUCAAUUCUGGCGGUCGUGUGUUGUUGUUUCGGAUGACGGCCACAAAGUUGCAUUGUAUGAAUGUCAGGGCUGGAAAUGCCUUGGGCGAAUUAGUUUUGAAACAACACGAACUAUCAACAAAUUCGUCAGUAUUUCUGAUCUCUCUGCUAAUUGUGUUAAUCUUCUUGAUGUGGAUGGAAUGAAUAUGUUCACUAUUGAGAUUAUGAACUCGAAUAGAAUGGAUGUACCGCCUCGUUUCGUUGGAAUUACUCAAACGUCUUUCUGUCAUUCAAUUUUCUCAAUUUCUCCACUCUCAUCAAACACGUUCGAGUCUUCUGAGGAUUCGGGAGAUGAUCUUUUCAAUAAUGGUAGUAACGAUGAAGAUUCGGGUGAUGGUUCAGAUGCCAGCGAAUCGGGCGAAACGAGACUGAAGCACAUCAAGACCAAGAAGCAUUUCGUUGCAAUGGGCAAACGCAGCAUGUUAGAGUUGCAGCUCACUCUGAAGCAACAUAUUCCGUCUCCAAUCGGAUCUACUGUGGAGUCUUCAGAUAAAGAACCGAGCCCGUCAGUGUAUAUAGAUACUGAUCAAGAGCCACACGAAUCCACCUCACUGCAAGGCCUUCUGAUGCAAAGAGUACAACCAACUGCCGGACUUGAUCUCGAAACAGUUAAUAGAAAAUUAGACACUGUCAUCACAACUCUAGCUCGAAUGGAAGCUGAAAGGAAAGAAGGAACGGAAAUUAUGGUUCAAAAAAUCAUCACUUCUCUCGAUGAGAAUAUGCGAAUGAGGGAAGGGUAUAUGCUCAAUCGUAUUGAGCAACUUUGUGAAAACGGACGUCUUGACACUAUUGCUGCCAUUCGUUCUGGUAUCGCCAGUCUCAAUGAACAAAUUUCGGGUGCAGUGCGAACAAAUGGUGCAGAGACAGCGGAAUACAUUAGUCAACGCGUCGGAAGUUCGGCUAGGAAUGCCCUCACAGAUUGCAUUCUUCCAUCUUUCGAACGAAGCUGCGAAGUUCUUUUCGAAAGACUGAAUGAACAUUUUAGACAUGGAAUUAACGAGUAUCUCGCAACCACUACUCAGAUGAUUCAAGGAAGUGCUAUAGCUUCCGCCCAAAUGGCUGCACAGCAACAGCAGCAAAAAACCGAAAUGGAUCGUAUUGCCCUUCUUCAGAUGAUCGAAACGAAUCCAGAAGGAGCUAUUGAAGCAGCGCUUAACAAGGCGAAUGAGCCACUUCUAGAGUUCAUUUGCUCCAAAAUCAACCCGGAAACUCUCAUUAUUCCUGGAAACACAAAAUUGAGCCAGAGUUGUCUACUAUCUCUCGUUCAACAAUUCAAUGUGUCGCUGCACAGAGAAAGAGACCUCAAAUUCCGUUGGAUGGAGCUGAUUAUUCCAGAAAUCGAUUUGAGCUGCCCGGAUAUUGCCCACGUUGUACAACCCGUCGCUCAAAAGCUUCUCAUGUCCCUUCAAGAGUUGAUUGAGAGCACCCAAGAUGAACAAGCACGUCGCUAUAUUCGUCUGCUUUACCAAAUUACGCGAUCUUCGCUUCUCCAGCCUCUAACUCCAUCCCAGAGAACUUCUGCGUCCGUGCUUUCCAAGUUCCUUCAAGAUCAUUCCCAACAAUAA